CGUCAGCCCGGUCCACGAGCAGGCUGUCCGUCAGCACCAGCAGCAGACUCGGGAUCAGGCGGAGAUGACAGGUGAGGGCACGAGGAUGUAGCACACCUGCGGAGGGAGAGCUGCUUGUCGCGCGCGGGGUAAACAGAGCGGAAACCAUUGUGGAAUUAAUGCGCGUGCAGCUCCUCACGAGGGAUGAGUUGGCUGCUGCUGUGGCUUCUGACAGCAGCUGGGCUUCAACAGGCCUACUCCCUGAAUUCCACUGCCACGCCACCUUCCACAGCCAUCACCUGGCCAACCGCAGAGCCGUACAACCGCACGCGGUACUGCAAGUGGCCUUGUGAGUGCCCGAUAGCCCCCCCAAAAUGCCCCCCAGGCGUGAGCCUCCUCAUGGACGGUUGUGACUGCUGCAAGACCUGUGCCCGGCAGGUGGGUGAGGUGUGCAACGAGGCCGACACAUGCGACUACCACAAGGGACUGUACUGUGACUACAGCUCGGACAAGCCUAGGUACGAAAAGGGAGUGUGUGCAUAUAUGGUGGGAACGGGCUGCGAGCACGACGGCGUCAUCUACCGCAACGGUCAGAGCUUCAAGCCCAACUGCAAAUACCAGUGUGUUUGUGUGAACGGUGCCAUAGGUUGUGUAGCCUUGUGCACAGAGUCCCAGCCUCCCAGGGUGUGGUGCCAAAGCCCGCGUCGGGUCAAAGUCCGGGGUCAGUGUUGUGAGCAGUGGAUCUGUGACGAGACCAAGAGAGGGCGCAAGACGGCGCCACGACGCGCCGUGGAAGCUUUCUCAGCUCAAACCAAGAGCUGGCACAAGAACUGCAUCUCCCAGACGACUUCCUGGAGCCCCUGCUCUAAGAGCUGUGGCCGCGGCCUCUCCAUGAGGAUCUCAAACGCCAACGAGCAAUGUGAGAUGAUCAAAGAGUCCCGUCUGUGCAACCUGCGUCCGUGUGAGGUCGACAUCACCAAACAUAUCAAGCCAGGAAAGAAGUGUCUGAAUAUUUACAGGGAGGAUCUGCCUUCAAACCUCACCAUCUCCGGCUGCACCAGCAGGAAAUCGUACCGACCCAAAUACUGCGGAGUCUGCACCGACGAGCGCUGCUGCAUCCCGUACAAGUCCAAGACCAUCGACGUGGAAUUCCAGUGUCCCAACAGGUCUGGCUUCACCUGGAAGAUGCUGUGGAUCCAGGCGUGCUUCUGCAACCUCAGCUGCAAAAACCCCAACGACAUCUUUGCAGAGCUGGAGAGUUACUACGGUUACCCAGAGGUCACUGACUGAGGAGCAGUCUUACUUUUCAAUGGCAUACUAUGUCUUCUUAUGCUUAUUGAAAAUGGGAAAAUUGUAAAUAUAAAAAUGUGUUUCUAGAAAGAAUUUACAUGACUAUUUGCUUUGGAAGAAUAUCUGAAGAACAAAUACAAAAAGCAUUUAAAAUA